AUGGCGUCCACCUCUUCGCUGAAAUCAGUCAUCAAGUCGGAAAAGUUUCCCUGCCACCGCAUUCCCAAUCAAUCCAUUCCACCUGUGAUAGUGAUCAAUGAUGGCAGCCAGCACUCUAGCGCCGGCAACAAUGACAGCAAUUCGGAGUCGGCUAAUGGCGGUCACGCGGCCUCAUCACCAGCCGCUUCGUCGCAGCCAGUGGCAGCCACCAGAGCACCACCUGAAACAAUGACAAACAGACCAAGGUACGGGCGGGUGGUGAUUUCCCUUGAGAAUCCCAUCUUGCCGGAGGAGACGAUCAAGAAUACGCCCUCGCAGAUAGACGGUCUUGACUGUGAAACGGAAAAUGACCUUAGAAUCACUGGGUGCAAGCUUAUUCAAAUAUCUGGCGUUCUUCUUCGUUUACCUCAAGUUGCAAUGGCCACUGGUCAGGUGCUGUUUCAACGCUACUACUACAGCAAAUCAUUUGUCCGCUUUCCAAUGGAGAUCACCGCCAUGGCCUGUGUUGUUCUCGCAUCCAAAGUGGAAGAGGCUCCUCGGCGAAUUCGUGAUAUCAUCAAUGUGUUUCAUAAUAUGAAACAAAUUAGACUGAAUCAACCGCCUGUCCCGAUGUUCCUAAACGAAGCUUAUGUGACUUUGAAGAACAAUGUCAUUAAGGCUGAAAGGAGAAUUCUCAAGGAGUUGGGCUUCUGCGUUCACGUCAAACACCCUCACAAGUACAUUAUUACAGUUGCUGAAAUUUUGGGCAACUCCAAGAAUGCUGAACUGAUCCAAGCUGCCUGGAGUUACAUGAACGACAGUUUACAGUCGAAUGUAUUUGUCCGCUUUUCUCCGGAGACGAUUGCAUGUGCCUGCAUUCACCUCAGUGCACGCAUUCUCAGGGAACCUCUGCCGACCCGUCCUCCCUGGCAUCUGGUGUUUGGCGUCGACACGGAGACCAUCAAUCAAGUAUGCACUACCAUUUUGCAGCUGUACACACGAACUCCGCUGUCACAGGAAGAACUGGAGGAGAAAGUGGACUGCGCGAGAAGGGCGGUGGACGAUGCAAAAGUCAAAGCUAGAGCUCAGCUGGUUGCUCAAAAUGCGGAAAACCCUUCCUCCGUUUCUACUGGUCUCUUGGACUCACUCGUCGACUCUAGGACAAACUCUCCUAUCAAAUACUCUGACCAUGGUGGGGCAGGAGGAGGAGGAGGAGGCAUCAGCUCAAAGUUGGAGGUCAUAUCGGCGCUGAAUCGAGUGAAGCAGCACCAGGCUAGUGGACUUGCCUCAAAGUCUUCGUCACCGCUUGUGAAGUCGACCAUUGCCGCCACCAGCACUGCGACGACGAUCAAUGUCAACAGCGCGCAGAACUCUGCCGCCAAUACGCCGAUCAAUAUGACUGGAUGA